GUAAGUAAAGAAACAAAUUUUCAAUAAUACGUCUAAGUACAAAUAUUUUUUAGUUGGAAUUCCUUUUGAACAAGAAUUAAAUGUAUAUUCUCUUUCUCUCGCAACUAUCAUGUAUGUGAACGUUCAAUUUAUACUUAAUAUUGAAUCAAUGCAGUCUAUACGCCUUACUUUGUCCGACGUGGAAGAAUUUUCUACACCACCUGACUUUACAGAAAUUAGGGUUAAAAUAGACAAACAGAACAAGUUUUAUAAUAUAUAUUUGUACGUAUUGUUUAACAUCUAUGCCAUCAUAGAAAUUGUUGCAGAAAAUCCAUGUGAAAUAUAUAAGCAAGCAGAAAAUUUAACAUAUUCUUGCGGCUGUUUUGUCCCCACAAUUUUUCCAUUUAACAUCAAUGUUUUUCCAGUUUAUCAGUUAUUAUUUUUGUUUGAAUAUAUAUCGUCAUUCCACAUUCUUAUUGGGGGUGCUUACAUAAUGCUAUUGGCAUAUGAAAUAGUUUUGUAUAUAGGAAGCAGAAUGAAUCAUUUGUGCCUCAUUUUAGAAAGUAUUCCAAAUGAAGGAGAUGAAAAUGUUCAAAAACAAACAAUGAAACAUUGUAUUCGGUACCACCAACAAAUCAACAGGACAAUUAAUGAAUUAACGGGGCUAUAUAAAAAGGUUUUCGCGAUUCAUGCAAUUUUUACAGCUGUAGUUUUUGCUUUACAAGCAAAAUUGGCAUCAGAAAACGUCAGUUCAAGGAUCCAUAUAGCCUGUUGGUUAAUUGCUAUAUUUUUAAUGUGUCAUUCUGGACAGGAACUAACUCACAUAGGUGAAACAUUGGGAGAAAAGAUUAUGUAUAUGUGUAAGUGGUAUAAGUUGAACACCUCUCUUCAAAAGGAUUUGAUGUUAAUGUUAUUACAUACCCAAAAACCUGUCAUAUUUCCAGCUGGAUACUUCGCAACCUUGAAUUAUAAUUUAUUUAUAACGAUUGUUAAAACUGCGUAUUCAUAUUGGACGUUGAUCGUAAAUACACAAAAGGAUAAUUAGGCAACACAGUCAAAUUUAUUCACUCACGAUGUUAUACUUUAUUACAUUAUAUAUCAAUGAAAUAGGGCACAAAAUAGAUGUAUUUAUUAAUUAAAUUAUUAAUAAUGUUACAGUUAUGCACAUCAUCAUAUUUAAUUAAUUGUUAAAUAAAAUUAAUUCCGCUACGACAUACACUACACGCUAAUAAUACACUAUUUAUAUUAUUAUGUGCACAACACGUUCAUACAAAUAAAAUUUUAUU